UGACAAUUCUUGGUAAAUUAAACUGAUACUAGGAACCAGGUAUCUGUAGUCAUUAUGAUACGCGUCUUGACUAUACAGCUGCUGUUGCUGGUGUUUGUUUCUCUGUUGAAAACAAAACGGGCACUGUAACAGAACCAUGGCAGCUGCAGAUCCCCCACUUUCUGAGUUGAUAGAAGAAGAGUUUCUAAAGUGUAAUAUCUGCUUUGAGCUGUACAAGUCUCCACGGAUCCUGCCCUGCCUGCACUCCUACUGUGAGCAGUGUCUGGAGAAGCUGUUGGAGAAAGGGAAAGGCUGUAUCUGCUGCCCUGAGUGCCGAACAGAGACAUGCGUUCAAGGCAACAUCAGAAACAUCAAAGCCAACUUCUUUAUAAACGGCCUUCUGGACCUGUUUGAGUCCAAGAGGAACAAGGAGGCGGUCUGCUCUGUGUGUGUGUCCUUAAAGCAGAGUCCGGAAGCUGUCUCAUCCCGCUGCCUUGACUGCGCUGACUUCCUGUGCCGUGCCUGUGCCGAGGGCCACUGCUGCUCCAAGCUCACCCUCUCCCACACAGUGGUGAGCCUGCAGGACUACACCGCGGGGAGGUAUGAUAAAGAGGCCCGACUCAGGCAGGAGCAGCACUGUCACAGCCACCAGGACACACUGAGGUUUUACUGCAACACCUGCUCCAUACCCAUCUGCAGGGACUGUCGCAUGCUGGAGCACUUUUCACACGACAUCCUGUUCAUGGCUGAUGCUGUCAAAGCCAGGAAGCCUCAGGUAGAGGGUCUGAUCAGCAGCUUGGACAACAACAUAAAAAGCAUUGGCCAGCAAGAAGAGGCUGUGGACUCCAUGAUAGGACAACUAAAGGAAUCCCAAAGCACUAUCCAGGACUGUGUCUCAAAGUACAUCUCUCUGCUUGUAGAACAGCUCUAUGCUGAAAAGGAUUCUAUUUGUAAAGAACUGUCAGAUUUUGUUCAACAGCAGGAGAAGAGCUACCUGUGCAUUAGAGAGACUCUCCAGAGUCACAUGGACUCAGCUCAGAGCACCAAGGACUUCUCCAGGAAGGUCAUGGAAAUGGGGAAAGAUUAUGAAAUUCUCCAGCUGGAAGGCUUGAUUCAGAGUCACAUUAAAAGACUUCAGGAUAUCAACAUCCCAGCACCUGAAGGGAAAAUGCCAUAUCUGGUUUUAAAGGAAGGCGUGAACAAGGAGAGCAUUGUAAAACAAAUGUUUCAGUUGAGAUUUGAACCCCAUUGCAAUAGUUCAGGAAAUCCUCCAACAGUGGUUGCAACUGACAUCAAACCAGAACCUCAGAUGACUGUUCAGACACUUGCUGAGAUGGCCACCUUUGUUUGUUCAUUUAACACAGAAGAUACAGAAGAGGAAUACACUACAAACAUAACAGGCAUUGCCAACUUCAAAAACGGGGAUAUUGUCAUUGCUGAUGAGAGUAACUCGGUUGUAAAGAAAUUUAGGCACAAUGGGAAGACAUUAGGUAACAUUUCUGUAUCGGAGGAAUGCUGCCCUUGCAGUGUCACUGUCUGUGGGGAUACAGUUUAUUUUUCUUCAGGAACAAAGCUUUAUAAGAUCACAGAAGACAGGGAUAUAAUUCAAAUAAACAAUUUCCGUGGGUCACAGGCCAGUUAUCCCAUUGCCUCAUACAAGGGCAAGUACAUAGCUGUGAGUGAAGGGACAUUAUGCACCUUGUCUCUAUAUGAUCCCAAAGGCUUGGUCGUGGACAGAGUUAGACCUAAAGAUUAUGGCAUUGGGAAGUUCAUGUUUCUGGCAGUCAACAGCAGAGAAGAGUUUAUCGUUACAGACACUGCUAAGAAAUGUAUAGUGGUUUUCACAAAGACAGGAGAGAUCAUCAAUGUGUGUACGUCAGCUGGCUCUGAUCAAUUUGCCCCUUUCAGUGUCUGUGUUGACCACAGGGACAAUAUAUAUGCUGUAGAAAGUGGGAGGAUCAUUCAGCUUUCGCCCAAAGGAAAGUAUUUGAAAGAGGUGGUAAAUUUCAGAUUUCAGGCAUUCAGACCUAAAUUAAUAACUUGUAGUGCCUUUGGACAGCUUAUAUUGACUAAUAAGGAGGGAUUCAUCAAGAUUUAUAAACUAAGUUAAUCUGGUAACUUAGGCUACCACGUUGACAUUUUUUUUGUAAACGUAUGAACUAUCUGCAAUAAAGUAAACGCCAUUUUACAAGAUGAAAAAAAACAAAAAACACUUGUAUAUCUUAUAAAAUAAUUAAUUUAAAAUGAGUAUUAAACUUUAUUUAACAUUUACUAUCUUAGUUCAUGAUUGUUGCAAGAUGAGUUGCGGGUCAGACCAGGGAGGAGACGAACACGGUACUGGGGUAUGGAAGUGCUGAUACGUGAGUUUUAAUAAUAAAACAAAGAUUUAAACAAACACAAAACAGCGGUACAAACAAAAACAGCACAGUGGCCAAAAUAAAGAGACAGACACAGAACAAAUCAAGUAUAGUGCUGGUCUAAAACCAGCACAAGUAGCAUUUGUUGUAUUUCUGGGGCCGUAUACACAAAGCUGACUUCAGUCUAAGACCAAAGAAUGGGCUAACUCGCUUUUGCUGACAUUGUUAUGACUGAGUGUCACAAAGACGGCUGCAGUGGGUGACGUCAGACCAGAACAGGAACCGACUCAGAACACAGGUUUUGGA